AUGGCGUCGUCUAGUGCUGGCGUUACGCGUUCAGGUGUGAAAAAGUAUGCACAAAAAUACUGUAAAGAAUGGGAGUAUGAUCCAAAUUUAAAAGAUUGGAUUUGUCCUGACCCCACUGGUGAAAACUAUGCAAGGUGCAAAUAUUGUAAAGUCACAUUAGUACCCCACAAGAAAGAACUUAACUAUCACGCAAAGAGUAAAAAACACAUAAAAGCUGUGUCAUUAGAUAAAGCGGCGAAGUCCUGUCAGCAAUUGUCUUUUAUAAAAACAGUUUCAAAAAGAAUAACAAAACUGCGGAAUUAA